AUGCAAAAUAUUCAACUUACCGAAAUACAUAAAGAAACUUUAAAAUCAUUCAAUUCUAAAGAAAUAUAUGACUGUCCUUGUGUAGAAACUUUACAAAAAUAUAUUACUAUAUCAAAACAUAAAAAUACUCAACAAAAUACUCAUUUAUGGUUUUCUAAAUUUGAGAAAUUUGUAAAGAGCACUCAACCAGAUAUAGAUUUACUUAUACAUUAUGAUAAAAAUGUUAUUGCAGUAUUUUAUCAAAAAUUAUUCAAAGCUAAAGAAUCAUUUAAUAUAUAUGAAGAUUAUGAGUUUAAAGCAGUAUGUGAUACCUUGUAUACCAGAAUGAUUGAGUUAGAAAAAAUUAAUAAUGGUGAUUAUAAUAGAGCUGAUCCUCUUACUGAUGAAGAAAUGAUUCAAAUCUUUAAGCAUUCUAAU